UCUCAAAAAUGGCCACUGCGGCAUCUCUGGAAGGGAGCCGCUCUGGGCCCUGCCUUUUGAUCUCGUUGGCGGGCUGGGAGGGGGAUGAGCGCUUUACCGCGCGAGACUAAUCGCCGGCAGCUUCCAACGGAGCAGGACCCGGGAGCCCGGAGAAGCAGUGAAGACCUCGGCGCUGCCCCCUCACCCCGCUCCCGGGAGCCUUCCGCACCGGGCCCACGGCCUGCGCUCAGUCCCCGUCACCUCCCCACCCAGGGGAGCAGCCGCCCAGAGGGACUCGGCGCGCUCGGCUGCCUUCGGGCAGUGAGGAUAGGGUAGGCUGCAGAGAAAGGAGGAGUGAGGAGGGCAUGGAGCUGGAGCGGAUCGUCAGUGCGGCCCUGCUUGCCUUUGUGCAGACACAGCUUCCAGAGGCCGACAGCAGUGGCUUGGAUGAUGUCAUCUUCUCCUACGUGCUGGGGGUGCUGGAGGACCUGGGCCCCUCUGGCCCAUCAGAGGAGAACUUCGAUAUGGAGGCCUUCACUGAGAUGAUGGAGGCCUAUGUGCCUGGCUUCGCCCGCAUCCCCAGAGGCACAAUAGGGGACAUGAUGCAGAAGCUGUCAGGGCAGCUGAGUGAUGCCAGGAACAAAGAAAACUUGCAGCCACAGAGCUCUUGUGUCCAAGAUCAGGUACCCAUCUCCCCGAACCCCCUGCAGCGGCCUGAAAAUCUCACAGAAGAGACCAGGGAUACGCAGGAUGAGGCGGCUGGCACUGAGGAGGAGUUGAUGCCAGGGGUGGAUGUGCUCCUGGAGGUGUUCCCUACCUGUUCGGUAGAGCAGGCCCAGUGGGUGCUGGCCAAAGCUCGGGGGGACUUGGAAGAAGCUGUGCAGAUGCUGGUGGAGGAGAAGGAGGGGCCUCCAGCCUGGGACGGCCCCACUCAGGACCUGCCCAGGCGCCUCAGAGGUCCCCAGAAGGAUGAGCUGAAGUCCUUCAUCCUGCAAAAGUACAUGAUGGUGGACAGUGCAGAAGACCAGAAGAUCCACCGGCCCAUGGCCCCCAAGGAGGCCCCCAAGAAGCUUAUCCGCUACAUCGACAACCAGGUAGUGAGCACCAAAGGGGAACGAUUUAAAGAUAUGCGGAACCCUGAGGCCGAGGAGAUGAAGGCCACAUACAUCAACCUCAAGCCGGCAAGAAAGUACCGCUUCCACUGAGGCAUUCACUGGACUCUGCCUGAGCCAGCUAGGCUCAGACCCCAGGGGAAAGUGGGAGACCUACUCGUGCCCAGGCCACCCUCAGCCGCCUCCGUUCUCCCCCAUCCCCAUCUGUUACUCUACUUCCUCGCUCCAUAGUAUGGACCUAGUCCUGGAGCUGUUCUGCAGGCACAGUAAUAAAGGUGGACAAGGAAAGUG